AUGGACGCGGCGCUGUGACCCGCCGGGGGCGGAUUGGGAAGUUUGAAUAAGGAUUUUAUCGCUUCCCUUUCCCCCUUCUCCCCUCGGUGCGGCUCAGUCCCUACCCCCCAUCUUCCCCGACAGAUUUUGUUGUUGUUAUUUUUUUUUUCCUCUUCAGCGUGUAAUUUUUUUUUUUUUUUAAAUUGCCGCGUGGGGUUGGAUUUUUGUUUUUGUUAUAGUUUUUGUUUUGAAUUUUAUUUUCCUUGGUCGUACCCGUCUCUACCCGCCGUAGAGACCGGUCCCCGCGGGCUGCCGAGCGCCACCCCCGAGCCGGCCCGCGGGGCUGCCAUGGAUCGCUCCGGCGGGGGCAGCGACCGCAGGCAGCCCGAGGAGAGCAAGCCGCUGCUGGGCGAGAUGUCCGCUCCCGAGGGGAAUAAAAUGGGUGCCGCGCCGUGCCGGAGAGCCCUGCUCCACUGCAACGGCAUGAGGUACAAGCUGCUGCAGGAGGGGGACAUCCAGGUGUGUGUCAUCCGGCACCCCCGGACGUUUCUCAGCAAGAUCCUCACCUCCAAGUUCCUGCGGCGGUGGGAGCCGCACCACUUGACCCUGGCGGACAACAGCGUCGCCUCGGCCACGCCAACCGGGUACAUGGAAAACUCCAUUUCCUACAGUGCUAUUGAAGAUGUUCAACUGCUCUCCUGGGAGAAUGCCCCUAAGUACUGUUUACAGCUCACAAUCCCGGGGGGUACUGUCCUACUGCAGGCUGCAAACAGUUACCUGAGGGAUCAGUGGUUCCAUUCUUUGCAGUGGAAGAAGAAGAUUUACAAGUACAAGAAGGUGCUGAGCAACCCCAGCCGCUGGGAGGUGGUGCUGAAGGAGAUCCGGACGCUGGUGGACAUGGCGCUGACGUCCCCGCUGCAGGACGAUUCCAUCCACCAGGCACCCCUGGAGAUUGUCUCCAAGCUGCUCUCAGAGAACAACAACUUAACCACUCAAGACCAUGAGAGCAUUAUUGUGGCAAUCGCACCUUUGCUGGAAAACAACCAUCCUCCUCCUGACCUCUGUGAAUUCUUCUGCAAGCACUGCCGAGAGCGCCCACGGUCCAUGGUGGUGAUCGAGGUCUUCACCCCGGUGGUGCAGAGGAUUCUCAAACACAACAUGGAUUUUGGGAAGUGCCCUCGGUUGCGGCUCUUUACUCAGGAGUACAUUCUGUCUUUGAAUGAGCUGAAUGCUGGAAUGGAGGUGGUGAAGAAGUUUAUUCACAGCAUGCAUGGUCCAACGGGACAAUGCCCACAUCCCAGGGUCCUGCCAAAUCUCGUAGCUGUCUGCUUAGCUGCCAUUUAUUCCUGUUACGAGGAAUUUAUCAACAGUCGGGACAAUUCGCCAAGCCUGAAGGAAAUUCGGAACGGCUGCCAGCAGCAGUGUGACCGAAAGCCCAAUCUCCCCCUCCGCCUUCUUCACACGAGUCCUGACCUGGUCUCUCAGGAGGCCACCUUGACUGAAUCCCGUCUCAAACCAGUUAUUGUCACCUCCAACGAGAUCCACGUGGAGGUGGAGCGCAACAACACGGCCAACCAGAAGAUGACGGCCGGCGUGGGCAACGACAGCGAGCCCAACCUCAUCGACUGCCUGAUGGUCAGCCCCACCUGCAGCACCAUGAGCAUCGAGCUCAGUGCCCAGGCUGACAGGAUCCUGGGCUGCUACGUGGAAAUACUCAAGAUGCUGUCAGACUAUGAUGACUGGAGACCAGCCCUGGCCAGCUUGCUUCAACCUAUCCCAUUUCCCAAGGAGGCUCUCGCACAUGAGAAAUUCACAAAGGAGCUGAAAUAUGUGAUUCAGAGAUUUGCAGAAGACCCGAGGCAAGAAGUCCACUCGUGUUUGCUGAGUGUGAGGGCUGGCAAAGACGGCUGGUUCCAGCUCUACAGCCCUGGGGGAGUGGCCUGUGAUGAUGAUGGAGAGCUCUUUGCCAGUAUGGUUCAUAUUUUGAUGGGAUCCUGCUAUAAAACAAAGAAGUUCCUACUUUCACUGGCUGAAAAUAAACUGGGGCCUUGCAUGCUGCUGGCUUUGAGGGGUAACCAGACGAUGGUAGAGAUUUUAUGUUUGAUGCUGGAAUACAACAUCAUUGAUAAUAAUGACACCCAGCUCCAGAUCAUCUCCACCCUGGAAAGCACAGACGUGGGAAAGAGAAUGUAUGAACAGCUGUGUGAGAGGCAGAGGGAGUUAAAGGAGCUGCAAAGAAAAGGUGGCCCCACAAGGUUAACACUGCCAUCCAAGUCCACAGAUGCCGACCUGGCCCGCCUGCUAAGCUCGGGAUCUUUUGGGAAUCUGGAAAACCUCAGCCUGGCCUUCACCAAUGUGACAAGUGCUUGUGCUGAGCACCUCAUCAAACUGCCUUCGCUCAAGCAGCUGAACCUGUGGUCAACUCAGUUCGGCGACGCGGGGCUGCGGCUGCUGUCCGAGCACCUCACCAUGCUGCAAGUGCUCAACCUGUGCGAGACCCCGGUGACGGACGCCGGGCUGCUGGCCCUGAGCUCCAUGAAGAGCCUGUGUAGUUUAAAUAUGAACAGCACCAAACUUUCAGCAGAUACCUACGAAGAUCUCAAGGCUAAACUCCCCAACCUGAAAGAGGUGGACGUCCGCUACACCGAAGCCUGGUGAACUCUCCCUGCCUCCCACUCUUCUCUUUUGCUUCUCCUGAGAAGGAAAAGAUUUUUAAAACAGACAGAUUGAAACAAACCAGAAAAGAACUUUUGGCCAAUUCCUGUAGAGCAGUGAGUCUGGGAACUUGGUGAGAGGAGUUGUGGUUGUGGGGUAGCAGAGUGGAGUUGUGUGUGUUGGGAGGACGGGGCAAGCCUGCACCCCAUCGGAUUCUUUCAGCUUUGUGAUUUCAGAAUCAACAUAAUUCAAAUUGAAAAGGAAACAAACAAAAUAAGGACUUUGUAGCAGCAAGAAGAUUAUAAAGAGGAAAAAAACACCUUUGUGGAUUUUAUUUGCCUUUGUGUUUUAUGCCAUGUGGAGAAAAAAAAAAUUCCUUUGUCCUUACUUACCUGGGUUUCCUUGGCUGGCACCCAGCCAGCCAGAACUCCUGUUUUACCAGUUUUGCUCCAGAAAAUCAAACUUCAAAAAUCUCAAGAGAAGAAAACCAAAACCAAUAUGAUUUUCACUUUCCCCCAUGUCCUUGCAGUUGUUAUGCAAAGUAAUUUUGUUGUACAUAAGAUUUACAUAAUGCACCUAUUUAAGAAAAUGGUUCACAAAUAACAGGUCUGGGACCUGUCUUUUAUUUAUGAAUUGUUAAUUCUUUUACCCUUUUUUGCGUAUAGUACUGUAUAAACUAGUUUGCUGUCUUGUUGUUAUUAUUAUUUUUUUUAAGGAAAUGUCCUCCUUGGAGAAUUGCCUUUUAGUAAUGCAAACUGUAUUAUACUCCCUCUUUGUCCACAUUCAUCGCGUUGUCUUUUUGAUUUCAAAAUGCCUCAAAUGUUAUCAAAUAGGAAGGAAAAUCCUUAUCAAGGGGGGGCGUGGCUGUUGGGGGAGGGAGUGCAGGGAUUAAUAAAAGUCACAAUUCCUUCCAAAGUCUGAAAACUUUCUUUAGUCUUCUAAGCCAUGUCAGGUUUAAACACGGGAGACGGGGACAAGAGGUUUAUUUUGCCAGUGGGGUGUUUGCAAACUGUAGAUUUUACAAGUUGCCUCUGUAGUUUUCUGUUUACGUCCGAUAUUUCAAAAAGAGAAAAAAAAGCUCUCCCUCCAUUUUGUGCAUCAGCUUUUUCUGUUGGGUUUUUUUUUUUUUUU